UAACGACAGAUAUAAACUCAGGUCGGCGUAGUAGCGGCACACACUCCCAGCAGGGAUCCGCUCCACAAGUCGCGCGUCGAACUCACCAUGAUUACGCUCGCCAUCGCGCUAGUCGCGCUCGUCGCGCUCUACCUGUACGGCACGCGCAACUUCUCCUACUGGCAGAAGAAGGGAGUCAAACAUGACAAACCAAUUGCUUUUGUCGGGAACAAUGCACCAGCCUACCUCAUGAAGAAAAGUAUUACACAAAUGGCUGCCGAAGCGUACUGGAAGUAUCCAACAGAGAAGGUGGUAGGAUUUUAUCGAUCAACAUCUCCAGAGCUGGUGAUUCGUGAUCCUGAGAUAGUGAAACGCAUUCUUAUAACGGACUUCCAACACUUCUACCCUCGCGGCUUAAACGUGCACAAGACAGCCAUUGAGCCCUUGAUGCGCAACUUAUUUUUCGCUGACGGAGACCUCUGGCGGAUGUUGCGGCAGCGCAUUACUCCAGCGUUCACGAGUGGUAAGCUGAAGGCGAUGUUCCCGCUGAUCGUGGAGCGCGCUGAGAAGCUGCAGGCGCGAGCCCUCUCUGCCGCCACCGCCAACCGCGAGAUGGACGCUCGUGACCUGAUGGCGCGGUAUACUACUGAUUUUAUAGGCGCUUGUGGUUUUGGUCUUGAUGCUGACUCGCUCAACGAAGAAGAUUCCGCUUUUAGAAAACUAGGAGUAUCCAUAUUUGAUUUUAGACCAAAAGAUGUUUUUGUAGCCAUGCUUAAAGAAAUGUUCCCGGAAGCCUGUAAGAAUUUAAAAUAUUUAGAAAGAUUGGAAAAGCCCAUGUUUGAAUUGGUUACAGCAAUACUUAAACAGAGAAACUAUGAGCCAGUGGGUAGGAAUGAUUUCAUUGAUUUGCUACUUGAAUGUAAAAAGAAAGGGAAAAUGGUAGUGGAAUCUUUACAGAAAGUGAACCCCGAUGGCAGCGCGGAGACAGUUUCCAUGGAGUUGACGGAUGAACUUAUUGCGGCGCAGGUGUUUGUGUUCUUUGCAGCUGGUUUCGAGACAUCUUCUUCCGCGACCAGUUUUACAUUGCAUCAGCUGGCGUAUCAUCCGGAGGUGCAAAAGAAGGUGCAGGAAGAGAUUGACAGAGUGUUGGCGAAGCACGACAAUAAGCUCAGCUACGACGCUAUUAAAGAGAUGACUUACCUGGAGUGCGCCUUCAAAGAAGGCAUGAGGAUGUUUCCAUCCCUUGGCUUUUUGAUGCGCCAAUGCGCGCGCAAAUACACUAUCCCGGAGUUGGACCUCACGAUAGAUCCAGACGUAAAUGUGGUAAUUCCACUGCAAGCCCUGCACAACGACCCGCAGUACUUCGAGGAGCCGCACGUGUUUCGUCCAGAGCGCUUCUUGCCCGAGCAGGUGGACGAGAAAACCAAGUUCGUGUACCUUCCCUUCGGCGACGGCCCUCGUGCUUGCAUAGGGCUUCGACUGGGUCUGAUGCAAUCACUGGCGGGGCUGGCGGCGCUGCUGUCCCGCUUCACGGUGGCGCCGGGCCCCUCCACGCUCCGCCACCCGGUAGUGGAGCCCAAGUCCGGCAUCGUGCAGAGCAUCAAACACGGGCUGCCGCUCUCCUUCACUGUGAGGAGCCCUGCAUCGAUGGCGACGGCGAUAUGAUUGCAUCUCCCCGAGCAGUGGCUGUGAUGGACUAUGUGAUAAUACGUAACGUACGGAACGCGGUGAUGUGUUGUAUAGUUCUCGUGAUUGUGAAGUGUUUGGUGAAUGAGUUUAUCAUUCUUAGAUGAAACAUGGGAGUUGAAUUUGUGAAUUAGUAGUUUGUGACGCUAUAGAAACUUUAUGAGUAUUUUUGUAAGUAUAAGUAAGUUACUACUGUGAGACAUCUUGAAUUUAUUGAAAAUGACUUACUCACCUGAUACUAAGAAACCUCUGAGCUACUAAUUUUGAUAGACGGUUACGCGCCGUCGCCGCGUCGCCUGAAACUAAGUGGUAGAACUUUAAUGCAAGUGGCUAAGUCAUUAUUUUUAAUUAAUUAAGUUUGGUAGGAUGUUCUAGAUAAAUAGUAUUGUUGUAUACAUUAUUGUGUAAAUAGAUUUAUUUUUUUAAUAAAUUAAUCACAUGCAUUCUGUGGACUAUAUGUGGACGUUAUUGCGCUAUUGUUAUAAAAAUUAUUUAUUUCUUUUUAACUUUUACUAUCAAGUUAUAAAUAGUUUAGCUCUCAACUUACCUACAACUUAAGAAUAUGUUUUGUCAUUAUAAUAUCUACACAUUGUUUAGGUAAUGGAUGAAACCUUUUUUUAUUAACCAUGUGAUAUCUAUUAAUA